UGAAACAAAGAGACCGACCCAAUUUCCAACAUUUUACUUAUUGUCUUCCGACAUCCUAAUUUUUUUUUUAAAAAAAAGAACAUUUGAGGCAGAAGAGGAAGGAGAGAAUGAUGGCUUACAUGCGAAACUGUCGAAAUUUAAUGAUCCGUUUAAAGCUUGCUGCAGGAAACGAUGUCGUUUGCAUCCAGCGUUUCUUGCACGACGGUCCAGACACCGUGGAAGAGCUUCUUGAUAGACAUGUGGUGAAGAAGGAGAAAUCUUUAGAUGAUGGGGAAGAUGAGUUGCUGGCUCGGCAGCGACUCACCAGCAAUCGGCGAGAGGCGCUGAGUCUCUACCGCGACAUCCUCCGGGCGACCCGAUUCUUUAUGUGGCCCGAUUCACGGGGCAUUCUGUGGAGGGAUAUAUUGAGAGAGAACGCGAGGAAGGAGUUCGAUGCAGCUCGGUUCGAGAAGGAUCCGGAAAUUGUGACCCGAUUGCUUAUCGGUGGGCGUGAUGCAGUGCAAUCAGCAUUGGAGAAGCUUGCGGAGAAGCAGAGGCAGCAGAUUGAGAAGGAGCGGAGUGGUGCAGAUAGACGGUGAUUUUUAUUUAUUUUCCUCCAACCGGAAAUGACCUUAAAAAAAAUUUUCAAUGGAAAUGAACUUCUAGAAAAAAAAAAUUCAGUUGUUUGAUAAAUUCAAUAGUUGAUGUUUUUCUGUGUUUGGUAUUCAAGAAAAAAUUAUAAAAAUUUCUGUAACUUCAGAUUUAAAAGUUCACAAUCCAGAUUAUAUUUUUUUUAACUCAAAAAAUCUGAAACUAAUCCAAAAAAGAGCAAAUUAGAGCAGAUUUUUUUGGUUUUGGGUGCGUUGAAGAACCACCCAGAACUUGUUCUUCACUAUUCUCCUUUGGUUCUACGUUUGCCACAGCUGCCUAGACACCCAAGCAAGGAACUUACCAAUUCAACGACAGCUGCCCAUCAAAACCCAUGUACUUUGCAAUCAAUAGCCUUAUCUACGAUGUCAUCUGUAACGCAGCUCUUACAACGGUGAACAAGAAUGAUGUUGUCUCCAUCUCGAUAGACUACUCUUCGCAAAGGAGACGGGUGUCAAGAAAUUCGAGGGAGGAAGGUGUGGUUGGCUGCUUGUUGGAAGGAGAGGAAGCUGGGGGUUCUGUUGAUCGUUCCAUUGUAAGUCAUCCAAACAUUGAAAAAUGAAGAAAUAGAUUUUAGGAAAUUAUUUUCGUAUUUACCAAACGGAACCUUAAUUAUAAGAAUUUGAUUUUGUUUGUAAUCUACAUGUUAUGUUUUGCUUUUAUAAUGAAUAGAACGUAGCGUUCUUCUUGUUCAAUUGAAAAUUAGUCGUAUGAAUUCGGAAAUCGAGAACAAAUGUUUGGUUGAUGAGAAAAUGGAAAAAGGGGAAAUGAAACUUUGAUAUUUCGCCGGUUUUGUUAGAUCUAUGGGUUUAAAAUAUAUGGUUAUUUUGACAUUGAAGCAGCUGACAUAAACCAGGGACAGUUUUUAAGGACAGUAACAAAGGAUUUGGAAUGUAUAUAUCAAAACACAACACAAAAAAACAACAAUGUCAUAGAUUGCAACCUUCAAUGUUUACCAAUUCCUAUAUUUCUCCUCACACCAAAAUAUAAAUAGCAUGGAAAAUGACAACAAAAAAAAAAAAAAAGAAA